CGGGUGCAGGAGCUGCAGGCGUGGCUGGGCGGAGGCGUGGCCGGGAACGAGGCGGGGGCGGCGGACGCGGGCGCUGGCGGGGGCGGGAACGGGCCCGACCUGCGCGCGGUGCUGGCGUCGCUGCAGACGGCCCUGCGCGAGGGCGACGCCACGCCGAUGCUGGCGCGGCUGCGCGAGCUGUACUACCGCGGGGGCGGCGGGGGCGCGGCGGGCCCCGCGGCGGCGCUGCGCAACAGCAGCAGCCUGCUGUCGCUGGGGCUGUUGGCCUUCGACCUGCUGCUGCUGCACAACGUGCAGCAGAUCGCGUGGGGCGAGGAGCCCGACGCCGGGCGCGCCAUGCUGCAGGACCCCGAGGUGGCCGCGCUCAACGCGCUCUUCGUGGACCCGGCGCAGCUGCGCGCCACGCACGACGACCCCGACCUGAGCCUGCUGGAGGAGCUGGUGGAGUUCGUGAAGAGCGCGGCGCGCGCCGUGCUCAGCCUGGGGCGCGCCUACCGCAGCGGCGGCGGCGUGCUCGAUUGCACGGCGCUGGACACCAUCCUCCGUGAGAUGGCGCACGGCUGGACCAGCAUCGACUGCGCCAACUUCUUCCCCAAGUGUAGCCCCGAAGUGGCGACGCGCGUCGUGUUGCGAACGGCGUUGGGCGCCGCGUCGGAGGAGUCGCUGGCGCUGGAGGCGGAAGGGGCGGCGGUGCCGACGGCGGGGGCGAAGGACCGCACCACAGCAUCCCCGUUAAGCAGUGUGUUUAUUCAAAAUAACAAGUUAAAAGUUCGAAAUAAAAAGAAAAAUCACAGAGAGAUGAAUUAUUUUAUUACAUGUGUUAAUUAA